AUGGCAGAACGUGACGCCGAUGAGGUUGUGCUGGAGACGGAAGAGACCAACAUACCUGCUAUCCGGUUGUACGAAAGGCUUGGUUUUCUCCGUUCGAAAAAGCUUCACAGAUACUACCUAAACGGCAGUAGUGCCUACCGCCUAGUGCUCCUCUUGAAGUCGGUUGACCCUGAUGCUGCUGCCGACCUGGCUCUCAGUGAUGAAGGAAAAACCUAG